AUGGAGGUGGGUCGGACACAGUCGGUGCGAAUCCACCACCCCCGCAAAUUUAAAAAUUCGCUCGACCCCCUCCGACCAAUCACCUCAAUUUAGAUCACAUCGAUGCGCGGACUUACAAACUCAGCAUCAGGGAUCUGAAAUUUUGAAAUUGGGUCGGCAGAGCAAGGUCUACUCAGCCGAUAAAUUCGCGAAUCCAGCCAAGAAUGUUUGGGGCGAGCUUGGUGCCGAGAUGUUGGCGUUUGACGGCCAUCCCCUCCGCAUCUCCAUACACCAAACCUCUGCAGUCGAACUGAGAAACGGCCUACUUUCAUGUAGAAAUCGAAGGCAAGCCGAAGUGUUCACACGUCUCCGCGUUGAUUAAUAUUUCCUUCAUGUUUUCAAUUCCUGUGAUAGGCCAGCCACGAUUUGGAGCAGCAUGCACGGCCUCAGAAAAUGAGAAAAACUACUGUUGCUGGUGAGGGCGUGUAGGUACGCAUCGGAGGCGCAGUGUAACAGCAGGUGCCCCCCGGAGGUGGGUUGCCGCACACCAUUCACUGGCAAACCUCCCGGAAUGGAUUGCAACUCUGGUCAUCGGCGAAUUGUCCAGCUACAAAGUUGACAUUGCGGUACUCGGAAGAACCCGUUCAUUCUAAGAGGGAUCAUUAAAAGGAGGCGAAUGUGGAGUACAUCUUCUUCUGGAGCGUACGUUUAAAGGGCAGAGCGAUGAGACGCCGGAUUCGUCUUCGCCAUAAAGUACGACGUCAUGAUACGGCCGUUCAGGUUGCCGCUGGCCAUCAACGACUGUCUCAACACCGACAGGCGGCCCUUCCGCUGGAGAAAAGUCGUCAUCGUUGUUAGACUCUAGGCCUCCCCACUCCCACCCAUUGAUGAUGCUGAUGACGAUGAUGAUAAUAAUAAUAAUGUGGAGAUUAUAGUUUGCGCAUGCCUGCAACAGCAUGAUGCCAUCGAAGUUUCGGUUUUUUGACUCAAUUUCAGUCUACCACUCCCUCGCAGGUGUUUAUUUACCCAUAAAACUCUUAGUCCACGUCGUUCGGACCGGUCACCCAGCUGGGGGUAGCUUCUGACUGACAUUCUCGCCAAAUUUGCCGCAUCGCCAUGGCAGCUUCCUGACCACUAGAAUAUCGUCUAAUUCCUGCGGAGACGAAGCAGACGCCCCAGUGUGUCGUUCCUGGUGAAAAAGUCGACUGCGACAGCUCGCCGUUCCGCCUAAGGAAGGUCGCCCGGGAGGAGUGCGUCCACUAGCUUCUCUGGCUCGCUGAUGCGGCCUUAAGGUGAGGCGUGACGUCUACUUAGCAGCUAGGCAUAUCGCGGCCAAACAAAGCUGCCGUCAUAGGUUGCAUGAUAUACAAUAGGUGGGCUAACUCAUGAAAUGUCAACGAAAAUUCCGAAAUGCGUUUUUGCUUCGUAAAAAUUAGUUAAGUAGCGUUGUAAAACUAAUCAGCCUGUAACAUAAUUUUAUAAUAAUUCGGUUACCUCAGGAUGCCGGCUUUCGAAUGAACUUACUUCCGGCUGCAUGCAAAAACUACGCUGUAAAAAUGACUCCUUAAUUAACAGGCAUUUUCCUUAUUGAUCUUGGAUGCCCAUAAAAGUUUAAUUAUAUUUCAUGGAAAACAUGCACAAAAAUAUUCAUUCUUUGACUCAGUCGGGAGAAAAUUACGUCUUAUUCCAAUCUUAUACUCGAAGGAUGGGUAUAAUUCGGUUUUCAAAAACCCUUUCCGAUUCCCGAAUAAUUUUGAACCCACUAUACCGUUACACUUGGAUUCGGGGUUUCCAAACUGCAAGCCGUAUAUUUUCCGCGUACGGAAAACCACACAUUUCUCUACGGUAAUAAAGGGGGACCAUAUAGGGUUAGUAAAAUUUAGCAGUGGAUUUGAUCCAUAUUGUCAAAUUUACGAGCCACGUUGGUAAAUGCGGAGACAAGAUGAUUUAUGAACGGCCAUUUUAGGGUAUUUAAAAGUCCCACAUUUAGAAACUUUUUUAAAACUAAAUUAUGUCCCUCCCGGUUUGACAUUGCAGUUUUUUAAUUUUCUCCAAAAUUCAUGGCUAAUUUGGAGCAAAUAGGUCUGUUUGACACUUACAGGCUCAGGCUGGAAUUCGAUAUGAAUGUUUGAGCCAAAGUCCGCCAAGCACAGCGGAAUAAUCGCGUAAUAUUCACAAACUACCAACAGGUAGGCAGUGGAAUAUGCAUCGGUUACACGAUAUACCAUACGUGACAGCCCACUGAAUGGUCUAAGAGGAAGAACAAGAAGAAGAGGGAGAAGAAGAAGAAGAAGAAGAAGAAGAAGAAGAAGGAGAAGAAGAAGAAGAAGAAGAAGAAGAAGAAGAAGAAGAAGAAAAAGAAGAGGAGGAAGAAGAAGAAGAAGAAGAAGAAAAAGAAGAAGCAGAAGAAGGAAACGCUGCAUGUUGCCAGAGUGAGCAGGGUCACUGCGGUAGGCUGGCGGUGGAAGGUGGGGAGUCGUUAUUGCAUUAGUUACGUCGGAAAGCUAUCACUGACAAAGACAAGGAAGACUGGAAUUGCCAUUUCUGGUUUAUUAGCCGUCGUCAGCCAGUCAUACUCAACCCCGGGGACGGGUGAGUUCCGUAAAAACGAUCGAUGAGCGACCUCUCUACCAUUGUACAUUCCCGAUCGCAACCGACAGGACAACGAGCUCGUGGCUCAGUACUUAUAGGCGCUGGACUUCUAGCCAAAAGGUCGCGGGAUCGAGCACCAGGUGUUCCACACUUCGUGGUUGGCUAUGACUAACUGACGACAUCUAACAAACCAGAAUUGGCCAUUUCAAUCUUCCGUGUCUUUGUCGGUAAUAAUAUUCUGCCUAUAUUAUGCGCCGCUGUGCGGUUGCUGGAUGGGCUCGAGGGAGAGAGCCCGUAAGGCAUAACGGGACGAGCGAGUUCCGUAGAUACGAUCAAUGAGUUCAUGCUCUACCUUUGUACUGUCUGUUAUUUUGACCCGAUUUUUGCAUUCACAAGCCAUGGUUAGCUUGCCGACGGCCUGACUGCCAUAACAUUUGGACACACUUUCUUUCGAUGUGACAAUCGAUUCACGCCUGGGUAGUACGAGCAAGUCAGCCCUAACAGCCUCCGGACAUAAUUAUGGCCCAUGAAUUCGUACCGCUAAAAUAUUAAUCGAGUCAGCCUGGGCUGCCUGCCGGAUUGCAGCGCAUCCUCUCAACAUGGAUAUUUAUUUUGGUGGUGGGUAGGCAGAGAGGAUAUGCGUGAAGGAACUCCGAUGGCUAAUUUCACCGCACCAACGUACGACAGGGGUCUUUGUAGCGUGAGGCCAAAUACGGGUGGUGGAAUUGUUGGGUUGUUUUCAAACAUGGACUGCAUGCACCUAGUGGCAGCACAAACACACCGACCUGGGAGCUGCUCAGCCGUGCCUGGGCUGUUUGGUCGCCCUGCCUUUGUCAUCUCACGCUUACGUCAGCAGAUACACGCCCGCCAAGGCCAUUCGUGGGUGAGUGUGACCUUGAAACACGUCUGAGCCACAAAGGGCACAGGUACUUUUAGGGGAUAAGCCAGAUUUCAGUUGAUCCUGCGUCCCAAAUAUGCAACCUACUAGUCGCUUUUGGAGCCAAUUUCCAAACCUCUUGUCGUUGGCUGGCUACAGGUAGAUUCCAUUCAUCGACUGACAUGACGGGUGAGCAUGUGUAGGCUUCCGACCGUGUGAGUGCCGGUGUGUUGUCAGGUGAUGACUGAGAUGUAAGUUAGUCGUUUCGGGUAAAGCGCACUUCAGAACAAGACCGCUUCCAUAAGUCCUACAAAAGAUUGUUUUAUAACCUCUGACUCGCGACUCAAUCUCGCGUCGAUCAAGAUUUUUUAUGUCACUGCAAUUGCAAAUAAAAUGUUAAUUGGCCACGCCUGUGUUCUUUUCCUUAACAAAUCGUGUUCUAGGAUGUCGUGGCAUCGCGACAAGUCUGUACAUCAUUUGCUACCCGAGCCAAAAGAGGAUUGGUGAAGAUCGAUUUAGAAGUUCAGGCUUUGACGUUAUGCAUCGAACGGGCCGUCAGAGCUACAGGAUGGCCUCUGUCACCCUGCUCUAUCCCGUUACGAAGAGGUUGGACGCAAUAUAAUGUCAUUCCUUUUUUGUCUUUUCUGUUUUAUUUCUGAUUCCGGUAAUAGACUGUCUACCGGUGCCCGGUAAUUCCAGUUCUAGAGGUCAAACACUACUAAAACCUUAACCCUUGCGUCACUUCUUUCACAUACAGCGCUGUCCAAAUCCGUCAACCGGGUCUGUGCCAGGUGCGACAUUCAUUUCCGCCUACCGAACGUUACCACUUUGUGUUCACCUAGGCGGGUCAGCAGUUUCCGUCCAGUUUCCCCAAAGUAGUUGCGACUCGGAGACUAUAUUCGAACUCACAGCUUGCGAAUCACAUCGGAGGAGCUGGUCGUAGUUUUUACUUUCAAGGAGCAACCGUCUCAGACCGGGACACCUCAAGGACAUAACGCCUCACACUUGGGGCUUGGUACUCAGAUGCCAACUUCAUCAAGAGGCAUCUAGACCUUCCUGUGACCUAUAAAGUCCUGCGCCACUGCAUACGCCAUGACCAGGCCAAAACGGUCACACGGGACUUAAAAAUACCGAUCAAACACGGCCCAUCGAAUAAUUCACAGGUGUGCCCGACCUCCCAUUGAGGUUACGACACACGACACAAGAGGCCGCCAACAUGCACAAACAACGGCACGAAGGGCAAGAUAGAGGAAGAAGAAAAAAGUAUUCAGCGCAGGGCCAAUUUAUUCAGCCGUUUAUUAAAAAUUCGAGUCGAUUUUUUGCAUAAAGCGCUUUGAUAAUGGAGAGCCAUCCAAGUCCUCUGAACCGUCAGCAAUACAAUUCCCCUCCUCCGGUGAGCCCUUCAUAUUUCUCAAAUUACUGAUCCUGAUAUCUUACGUUUGCUAACAUGUUUGCAAAACCGGCUUGAUGCGAACGAUGGCAGGAGUCCGUGACUUACUUGUGCCAGGGGCGCAUAGAGUCAAUCUAACUGAACGAACAACUGCCGAAUUUGCGACAAGUGGCAGUGUGUGUUUGCGUAGCAUUAAAUAGGAACACAUUUUUGCCUGGGAUCGAUAGGCCAUGCCUACUUUGCGGGAGUUGUCCACAGAAUGUGUUGCGAUGAUAUAGAGUGAUGCUUUGGUGAAACCAAACGACAGUUUCUGACACACCUACAUCAGUAGAAAUUGGCCACUCGGAGGCUAGACACAAACUCUCAGCUGACCAUACUUUUGACCUUAAACAGAAACCGUCUUAGGUCAAAGGAACCCAAGGGCAAAAGAACGCACAAUUAGGGUGUGGUAUUCAGACGUCGACUUCAUCAACAAACAUCUUGAGCUUCCUUCAGCCUACGAAAACGCGAGUAAUCCCGUACACAAAGACGACAAUAAACCGAUCACAUACAAUUUCAGAAAAUGCCGUCAACACAAUAGCGAACUCAUCGAAUUCGGUGUCGAAAGAGCCACCAGACCGAACAACCACUGCACUGGGUCAACCAACCACAUUGAGCUGAUGACCCCUGAUGCAAACAACUUUGAAACCUGCCAAACAUCCAGUUAAGGGCAGAGGCAGCGAAGAAAGAGAAAAUCGAUCGAAUUUCGGUUCGAUUCCGUGUAUUUAAGUCCUUGACGAUGAUGGACCAACCAAAGUCGGCGAGGUUUGGUCCUGCAGCCUCGCCUAAUUGAUAGCAAAUGGAUAGCUUCCUAAAACAAUAUUAGUUAACAAACCUAAAUUAGCAACUCACUCAAUGAGAUAGGGAAAGAGAGCGCAAGCAGAAAUCGAAGCACGCGCAGGGAGGUUGGUGAAGGUGGCGUGUACACACUCUCCUCCCGACACAGCCGCUCGCUUGACUGAGAGGAUGAUCGUAACUGAAAGACCACUGAGGGAAGCGCGUGGUAAGUUGCAGUGCAUGGGUUCGGUGGUGGAACGGUAGUAAAUAGGGGGUGCGAGUGGACAUAUCUGUACUCAGAGCGCUACUAUCGUCAGGCCAAAUCCUAGUGUUGGAAGUGAGACGACGAAAGGCACCAGAAUGAGGGGUUUAUUGUACACAGAACCCGGAGUUGUCCUCUCAGGCGGCAGUGGCCACUGGCAAAGCCAGGGCUAGUGUUAACAGCGUCCAGUCAGGCCCGAGAGUCCCUAGGACAGUGGUGGCAGCCGCUUUUGUAGGCUCGUGAGCCAAGCUCAAGUGGUGUCCGGUCAGUGUGUGUUGCAUUUGCCUAGGGGUGGUGUCCCAGUGGCCUGUUGUGCUGGUUGCAGGGGGUGGGUGCGUUCAAGUGGCGCAUGGGUAGCCGCGUCGCUGUGUGGACGCAAUUAUGUCCGAGCUGAAGUCGGUCGAGUGGCUUCAGGUCAGCUCGUCUGGGACGGCUCGCUGCAAGGGGUGAGUGACCUUGAGACAGCGAGGUCGUGAACAAUGAAACCAGAUCGGUCAUGUUGGCUGUCCGCUACAGAAUUGACGGAGUUCCACACCGUCGGAACAAUUCCACCAGCAAGUCUACCUGGCCACACGCUGGAUUAAUAUAAUGGAGAGGGCGCAUGCAGGGUUCGAAGCACGCAGCAGGGGGGCGCGUGGGAACAGAUACCUGAAGUAACCGAGGCUGGCGUAUAAGCACUCACCCUCCUCCCCUCCCUGAAACAGUCACUCGCUGGAUAAAACUUGUAGGGGAGAUGCAAAUGCGUGAUAUUUUUGAAUUCAGGUGGGGUUGCUGGACGAAACCUCACCCCACAGUCUUGGAAACGCCGACACGUCGACACACUCGACAUUUUCAACCGAAGUCUUCCUCCGUGGGUAACAGCUGGUGACAACUACCACAGUUAUGAGUGAGCAGACUUCAGUGCAGCGACAUUUCGGAACGGAAGGUUUUCACAAAAUGGUCAAACCAUAAAGUCUCCGCAAUAAACAAAACUCCUCAAGGAGACGGAGGUCUUCCGUCAAACAGGAAAAAAACCACACAGUUUUAGUCCUCUCGAACUAAAAAAUAGUCAUGUAAAAUUGUCCUUUUCGGUAAAAUGGCAUACGCCUUUGGUUCCGAGACCCGCUGGCCCAGAAAGACAUCCAAAGACUCAGGCUCGCCGGGACCAAACGACUGUCUACGGAUCGGAUGGCUGACGCGAGGCAUUGACCAGACCCUUUAAAAAGCCUCAUUCUGUCCAUAUGCAAAUGAACACGCAUUUUCGAAAGUAAAGUUGAUGCCAAUGUUGAGGCUCAUCCUGAAAACCACGUCUAGGGCUCAGAUGAACGUAGCUGCCGUUGGAAAGGAACUUCUUAAGACAUCGUAGGAGCGUCUCUAAUAGCAUCCGCGCGUCCAUGGGCACCGCUGGAAGGUAAAGUCGCGACAUCUGGAACAACAGCUUGGCCCUGGACUGCGGCACUUGGGCCUUCAAACAGAAUUCCUUCGAAUCCGUCAGGAAACAUUUGCAAUUAAACGGAUUUGGGUCUUCUUUGGCAUUGCGUUUUCUUCUACUUCUAAUCACUUACGCAUAAAAUACUUACCCACGGAGAUCUCUGGGCCACAUUCGGGGAUUACUCUGGCACCACGGACGACGUAGACGGGAGCGAGAGGUCUUCAGUGGAGGCGUAAUGUGUCCCCUUGGCACGCUUGCGAAUAGUGUUUCGUCGAAAUCUUCAAUAGUUUCGCUCCAUAUUUUCUCCGUAUUAACAUAUAAAUUCCAUUGACAAAUGAUACAUCCGCAUACACAACAUUCGUUCACUCAGUAGAUGUGCCAUUCGUAUGCAUAGAUCUAAUUCCAUUUUCAGAAACUUUAAGGAAACAGUUACUCAAGAAAUUUAAAGAUUACACUAAAAAGAAGCAUAUAAAAAGGCAAUAUAUCACAUACUGUGGUCUCACGAAUGUCGAUAAGGAAAAUCAACUGAGCAACACUAUCGAUCAGGCGUGCACACAUUCAGCCUAAAAGCGCCCUUCAUGUGCCUCACGUAAACAAAGCCAAUUAUCGGUCCAGGCAAGGAUGAUUUUUUAUCUACCUAUUUCAUCUGAAAUGCCUGGCAUAGAGAAUACAGCAUAUAUUCAACUCUAGAUAUAAUACUCGCAAAUGACAAAUUUUCACCAAAUGUUCACGUGACCCAGACCCACAGAAUGACGGAGCCAUGUGUUGGCAGAGGUAGCGCUUUUGGAAGAAAAUCACAGUUUUAAUCUGUUCCAGUACCACGUCCUGUAUGCAAGGAGUAAGCUGCAGAAGUUCCGACCUCGGCUGUUACCAGGGGGAUAACAAAGCGUGCGUCACAAUAUCUCAACAGACAAACAGACGAAAUCUGAAUUUCGUCUCAACACAUGCGCCUUAUGUGCUCUCUCCUCGUAGUUGAAAAUACUAACUGCUAUAAAAAAACAUUCAUAAGUUGCAGGACAUAAUUGCCUACGUUAGAAAGGAGGGAUGCACCGGAAGUCAUUUACUGCAUGUCUGAAAAAGUUCGCUUUCUGCGCUGGGGGAAAAGCAAACGCUGAGUGACUCAGGAAAACACUUUCAAGCGAUAGCAGUCCCCAAAAGAGUUGAAGGAUGCAUCCAUUUGAGGUCUUAUUUGAAGAUGUGCGCUCACCAAAUCAAGAGAAUUGCAAGUACUUCACGCCACAGGUGUUUGUUUAUAUCGAUUAAUUUAUUACUUCAGUAAACAUAACGAGCACGUUUGCGCAGCAGACUAACUCUUAAUUUAAUAUUAUUGACUGCAUGACUUUUCGUAGGUUUAGACCAUCAGGCUAUCCAUUUCUGUCUACCGUUGUGAACCAGACAGCUCGAGCCGAGAUUCAGAAGAUUGGGAAACGAAAAUAGCAUCGGGUAAAUCAGGCGUUUGCAUUUAGCCAAUAGGCUGCAUAUCCAUGUUCAUUCAGGCAGGAUUAGAGGGUGGUUGACAGUUGCGAGGGAGAUACAUUUGACAAAAUGACCGACUAGUAAGACAGCAUAGGGGUGUACCGUCUGACGUUGGACGUACAGGUCUAUAACGUCCAUGUCCUGUUGUUCGGGUCCAUCUGGGGGCGGAGCGGUCUUCGGUGUCUGGAUCACAGCAGUCUGGGCGCUCGGUGACUAUAACCCGUUCUUCGGUAGUUCGCUUUUCUCGCGUCUGAAUAACAUCCAUGAACUCAGCAAACAACCAGUCAAUAAUAGGGACUGAGGCGUGUAAGCUUAUUGACGUAACAAAGAGGGGGGAGCGAAACAAGAGUGGGAUGGCGGAUUUGAGAGAUAGGACGUUAGAAUUAAAAGGGUUUCUUGUCGGGGCACGGGUCCACCGAUCGGCUGGACCUCCACUUCAGACACCAGCUGCAUUCCCCACCGGUUGUUUAGCAGGCAUGUCAGUGUAGCCCCACUCAUCCGCACAGGUCACUUCCUUGCUGUAACUCAUCCAGUUUGUCAGGCGGAAGGGUUGUGCACACAGGACAGAUAAAUAGGGAGGAUGAGUAUGCACUGGAAAAACAAGUUUUGGCUUCUUACUCGAACUCAGCAUCAGAGACAGGGGGAGGCAAGCGCGAUGGAGACAGAUGGGACACACAGUGUUUACAGGACGUAUUUGCCACGACAUCACACACCUAACAGCUCCCUCAUUCAGCGCCGGUAGUUGUGUAGCGGGCAGCCAACAUGACCGGUCUGGUGUCAUUGUUCAUGACCUCGCAGCCUCAAGGUCAUUCACCACAUGAAUCGAGCCGUCCCAGACGAACUGACCUGAAGCCAUUCGACGAACUUCAGCUCGAACGCAAUUGCGUCCACACAGCGUCGCAGUUACCCAUGCGACACUUGAACGCGCCACCCCCUACAACCAGACCAGCAAAACAUGCCACUGGGACACUACCCCUUUGCAAAUGCAACACACGCUGACUGGACACCACUUAAACUUGGCCCACGAGCCUACAAAAGCGGCUGCCACCACUACCUCAGGGACUCUGAGGCAUGACUGGACGCGGUCAACACCAGUCCUGAUUUUGCCAGUAGCAACUGCCGCCUGAGAGGACAACUCUGCGUUUUGUAUACUUUAAACCCCAUGUUCAGGUUCCUUCUGUCUCUCUCCUUCCAACACCUAGGAUUCGGCCUGACGAUAGUAGCGCUCUGAGUACAGACGCACACACACCGCCUAGUAGCAACACCUUCACUCAUUUCCCGCCAGGAUUCUAGACAAAGAACUUUCGCACUGGAAGAUGGGAAAAAUCAUGUUUUGUUUCAAAAUACAAGCAAAAUUCGUGUUCAAGUUAGCAAACUUGUAAAAGAGUUUUUCCGCUGAAAUCUACCCAGAUCUGGUGUCAGCACACAGAUCGCCGAGGGCUGGGAGCAAAUUAUAGUUAUCAGCUAAUCCUACUUAAUUAAAACAAGUAAAAGACUUUAAUCCGAUGCAAAUUUCGCGAGUGCGGGUUUGAAUGCUAAUGUAGCCGAAUCCGUCUAUAAACGUGAAAUUAGGAAAAUGCGCCCGAGAAAGCUUAGUAAGGCCCUAAUAUGAUGAUUCCAGGAUUGAAAACCAAGUUGCUGCAAUGUUUCUGAUGUACUUCUAACAGGAAAGAGAAAGAUUGCAAUGAACGUUAUGAAAGUAGAAGACUCUUCAUUGAGUUAGUAUUUGCGCUGGAAAACUUCCGGAAUGAGGAUAACGACUACCUUCCUGGUUUUUUGAAAAACUAUGUUUACCACUGCCUCCCGGCGGGCAGUGGGAAUAAAAGAAUUAGAAAUGCUGCCUGGUGCCUUUAUGAGGCCAUAUUUGACGUAGACUUGGCUUUGAGGACAUGUUUCAGUGGCACCUUUCACCCAAUCUUCGUGGCCACUCGAUGAAGCUACGGACAACGAUGUCCAGGCUGAACCUUCGUUCUGAAUUUUUCACGCAAAGGGUAGUGGAGAAAUGCAACGAUCUCCCUCAGUCAGUCGUGGAGGCGACAUCCCUGCAAUUCUUCAAGAAACGCUUGGAUGAUUAUUUGUGUCCCCUGUUUUCCCUCGACAGUCUGAAUCUGAGCUAAAUACCCCGGCUCCCCACAGAUUUUUUCUCUGAGACAAUGCUACUCAAAUGAAUCAAGUACCGUUUAUAUAGCGAAUAUUUUCAUUGUUCCUGUACAGUUGUUUCUAACGCGCUGACAUGUAAUCAAUAGGGUUUUCAAAGGCUUUGCCUAUCAUCCUUAUCAAAUAAACUGAAAUGUUUCAGAUUGUUCGCCGGUGCGCAACUGGGCAACUGCAAACUACCGUUUGCUGGAAAGCCACCAACACAAAACAAAUAAUACACUUCAACAGGAAUGAAGAUGGUUGUGGAGCGGCCUUCAUGUAAAGUCUCCGCAUUGGCACACGACCCCGUCCAAAGAGCGGAAGUAAACAGGGCAAACCUGGUCAUGACAUAGGCUCAGGGAUCGUUCACUGAGUGACAGUGUUACAUAAUUUUACAGCAAAUUUAGCAUGAGCGCAUUCUUCGCGUGGAAACAAUCCUACGAAUAAGGCACCUCCUGUCAUUUAUUUUUGCAGAAGGGGGGGGGGACGGGGUCAACGGUUGAGACUGCGCCUUAUGUACAGCGCUGGCAAGGAACCCUUAGGCUGUACAUUCCAGUCCCCGCUAAAAACGGUAGUUCACUGAAUCCCAUCAUGCAUUGACAACGCGCCCGAAGCAUUUGCCCGACUUCUACGGCGUCUGUCGAUUGGCUUAAUCCACAGAGAUGAGCUGAGAAUCCACGACAGCCGCUGCCGCCACUCACCUUGCGGCGUCUGCAGAUGGGGGAGGUGGCUGCUGUUGCCACGACAAUUUCUUCUUCACGAAAAAACCGUGAGGCUUUUUGCCAUUGCCUGCUUUGGUGGUGGAAGCUUGCCUGAACCACAAAUGUCCGGCUCCGGAGAUCGCCACAUCUCAUUUUCCGGCCUUUCUUUGGUAUACACUGUUACUGCUAAAAUUGACAAAUUGGGCAUCAAAUAAUCAGCCCUUGUACUCUAAAUAAGUGUAAAGCAGUGCGCUGAAGGAGGUAUAUGAAGCCAAAAAACCGUUUGCCAGUAUAAUGCAAAUAUUACUUUGAACAUGUAAUCUCUGAGUUUGCCGGCUGGAUUUUGAAUCGGUCAUUUGCUGUGCUGUCCCGGGUUGUUCCUCAGCUUCCUCUAAGCCUUAGCUCCUUAUCCCACUUUUCUACAAAACCAGAAAUGUGUUGCACUGUGAACGGCAUUAGCAUAAAAACGCAUGGUCCCCGUUCCGUUAAGGAAUACAUGUAAAUUUUUAAGUAGCCCGACCCGCUGUGGUGCAUGUGAAAGUCCCAUGUUGGUGUGACACGAUGCCAAGCCCACAAAACACACUGUGGCAGUCCACGCUCCCUUGUUUUUUGCCGCUUUGUCUCUCUGCCUGUCUGCCCGCCUCACGCUCCCUGUAGACUUGUUCUUGGGACCGCGCGAGGCCUUGUAGCGGCCGAGGAAGUCAAGGGUAGCAUACACCGAAGUAAGGAAACGCCGAGAAGAGCUCUUGGCCGGGGUAGACCUGAACGGAGCUAUUAGCAUUCCUUGAUACACAUCCAUACACAGAAGAAGAAGAGGAAGAAGAAGAAGAAGAAGAAGAAGAAGAAGAAGAAGAAGGCAUGUCGAAUAAGAGAUAAAUUGUAA